AUGGCGGCGCGGCGGCUGUGGGCGCUUCUGGCUGCGCUGCGGGCGGGGUGGUGCCUGCUGCCGCAGGUCGGCUACCUGCAUCCCGACGAGUUCUUCCAGUCGCCCGAGGUCAUGGCAGGAGACGUUUUAAACCUGCGGGUCUAUUAUCCCUGGGAAUUCCUUUCCAGCUCUCCCUGCAGAACAGCUGUUUUCCCAUUGCUGACCUCUGGAGUUGCCUACUGGGUGCUGAGGGCGUUGCAGCAGCUGGAUGUGUGCUCGCGUUGUGUCAGCAGCUAUACUCUCCUCGUGUCUCCUCGCCUUCUCCUUACGGUCUUUUCUUUUGUACUCGACUACAGUGUGCACCGAUUGGCUCCUGCCUGGGGAGCGGAUCCGUGGGAAGCACUGCUCCUCCUUGCAGGAUCCUACGUCACUUUGGUGUUUUAUACCAGAACGUUCACCAACACACUUGAAGGAUUUCUCUUUGCACUUCUGCUGGUCUUAGUUUCCUCCAAAAAAUCUGAUAGCGGCAUCACAAAGCCUACACGCAGCCCUCUUAUAGGUGUUGUAAUAGCUGCAGGGUUUUUCAACAGGCCGACUUUUCUGGCAUUUGCACUAAUGCCCCUGAUCUACUGGGCAGGCUUAAAUGCUGACUCUCAAAAGAGCAUUAAAACUCUCAUAAACCCCUUUUUAAAACUUAUCACCUGUGCAUGUUUUACUGCCGUUGUUUUCAUAACAGCCGACACCAUGUACUUUACCUCAGCGGGCUUGGACAGCCUUUUCAGCUUUACAAACAGCAGCCUGUUCGAUGUCAUAGCUCUGUUAAAUCACAGAGUGGUGGUGACCCCUUUCAACUUUCUCUGCUAUAAUCUUGAUUCUCGUAACCUUGCACAGCAUGGAAAUCACCCACGAGUUACGCAUUUUAUAGUUAAUGGAGUAAUGCUCUUUGGGAUCUUACACCUUCUGGCCAUCACUGCUGGGUUUAAAAUGCUAAAGAAAUACAUCCAUCAGUUAAUGCGGGUCAGAUUGUAUUACCGUGGGCCACCCAGGUUAUCAGUGCAUUCCAAGGGCCAGCCAACGCUGCUGCUGUUUUAUUUUGUUCCUUUGGCACUUCUUUCCCUGUUCAGCCACCAAGAGCCUCGAUUUCUCAUCCCUCUCAUUUUGCCAUUAGUCCUGUUCAGCGCAUCACAGAAUAGAGCUGUGAAGUGGAAACCCAUCAUUAUCAUUUUUAAUGUUCUCGGGGCUUUCCUGUUUGGAUGCCUGCACCAGGGGGGACUGAUACCAUGUUUUUUUCACUUGGAGCACGUCUUGCAUUCUUCAGACUCCUCAAACCAUCCAAGACACUAUACUCUGCUCUUUGCUCACACCUACAUGCCUCCUAGGUCCCUGCUAAAUAUCAAGAAGAAAGACACACAUGUAGAAGUGAUUGAUAUGGCUGGGUCUGAAGAGGAAACCCUCUGCCGAAUGGUAGAACAGCACGCAAACAAUUGUACCUGCAGUGACUGUCACUUUUUGGUUAUAAUCCCUGGUACAGUCAGAGCCACAAUUACCAGAUGUGGUGUCUCGCUCAAGAAUGAGACUUUGAUAUUUCCACACUUAUCAAUGGAAGAUCCACCACAAAUAUCCUUCCUAUUCAGUGAAAACUGGAGAAGUCAGUUAGGACUAUACAUCCUUCAGCUAGGCAGAGCUCAGCAGAGACUUUAGAUCUCAGAACGUUUUAGGUUUUCACUUGUGCCCAAAUGUGCUGUCAGACCUUCCUCUUCAAAGUCCUGUGCUCAGCACAGGCAGUGCUGUUGUGAGCUCAAUUUUCACCCUUUCUUCAUGCUCAGCAUAGCCAUCUCUACCAAGAUUUGAAUCAUUCAGUCCCUGUGGUGUUUCUGAGGAACAUGCCUCAUUUUCCUGAUGAGAGAGGAUGAACCCAGAGACCACAGAAACUGAUUUGAGCUUUCUUCUUUUCGUAUGAGAUACACAUUAGAAGUUCUUAUAAUCUCAGAUAGAAGGUUUGCAGGCUGUGCUGAAAAUGGGCAUUUAGUUCAUCUGCUGGAGAGAGGUUACUAGACUAGGAGGACUUAAUCUGAUUCAGUAUGGUUUUAUCUUCAUGCACUUGAAAUUUCAGACCCUCCUCUCUGUCCCUAUACAGGAUAUGGACACCGGUGUUAGGAUAUUGUUUGAAGUAUUUUUGUCCUGAAAAAUCCCCAGUAUUGAUGUAACAGAAGCAGAUUUACAACAUGGAGGAUGCUUCAGCACAGGCAUUUAUGCUAAAUCCUAUAAUUUUGCCUUCCCAUAAAGCAUUUUGGAUGGUAAGUCUCCCCUGUGUGCUCACCAUGAACCCCUCCAUCUCUCAUUGCUGAUACCUGCAUACUGAGGAUGUGUGCUUUUUGGUGGGGUAGCAGCAGAGCAGCUGUACCAAUGGCUCACCCAGUGGCAGAAGGAAUUACAAAAACAUCACGAAUGUAUACUCUAAGUCAAUUCCUUUUUUGCUCUUUUAAGUUGGGACAACAGUAUUGUGCCAAAAUUUGUAUUCUGUGUCCUGCUUACUGUUUUCAGCUAUAAAGUUUCAUUACUGUUUUGAAACUUAUGAUCUUAUAAACUUAUGGUAACUGUUGAACUUAUAAUCCCUGUACAAAUGGGGUAGAUCUUGAAACUCUUCCUGGUUGUAACAAAGCACCAGUUUCACAGCAUGAUGAAUUUGUACCACUCACAGGUCACCUGGAGUGGAGCCAGGCAGAGACCCCAGACUACAAAUACUCAGACUGAAAAUGCACUGCUUCUGUCUCAUCAGAUGGACUUUUAUUGAGUACAUCAUAGAUUCAGUUUUUCCAGUUUAAUUUUACCAGCAGCACUGGAAGCAACGUGUCUUGCCCAAGGAGGUUGUGGAUGCCCCAUCCCUGGAUGCAUUCAAGGCCAGGCAGGAUGUGGCUCUGAGCAGCCUG